AAAUGGACGGCAUCGAUGGGCUCCGCAAGCGUUCGAUGGUAUAUAUAAAUCCCCGCUACGCAGGCCUUCUUUUAGGGUUAGCGCCGAGGUCCGUGGGACGGCGGGCUUGAUACAAGGAAGCACGGUGCUUGUCGCGUUAUCUUGUGGUCUUCUAGCCGGCCCGAGAUGGCGGUUCCGUUGCUCACCAAGAAGAUUGUCAAGAAGCGUGUCAAGAAGUUCAAGAGGCCCCAGAGCGACCGCAAAAUCUGCGUGAAGCCAAAUUGGCGCAGGCCUAAGGGCAUUGAUUCUCGUGUAAGGAGAAAAUUUAAAGGAUGUACCUUAAUGCCAAAUAUUGGGUACGGUUCAGACAAGAAGACACGCCACUACCUGCCAAAUGGGUUUAAGAAGCUUGUGGUUUACAAUGUUGCUGAGUUAGAACUGCUCAUGAUGCACAACAGGACUUACUGUGCUGAAAUUGCACACAAUGUCUCCACGAAGAAGCGCAAGUUGAUCGUUGAGCGAGCUGCUCAACUUGACAUUGUUGUCACCAACAAGCUGGCAAGGCUGCGCAGCCAGGAGGACGAAUGAGCCUGGCGGAAAGUCUGCAACACCAACCAGUUCAAAGAUUAAUUCUUUUCAAUUUUGCACAUUUUUGGCUUGUUGGAUCAUCUUAAUUCUGAGAUACUGUGUUUGUUGGUCUGAAACUAGUUUUGGUAACAAGAUUUUGGCUAGUUGCACUUUA